AGCAGGGAACCACAUCCGACCUCCGAGGAAGACUGACUUCUCUACAUCAUGGGGAGCACCUGCAUAUCAGGGGUAACACUGGGAGACAGUGAGGGUCUGACAGUGGAAAGAUCGCCUUCAAAUCAGGACCAACUCAUCAUUGACCUCACCACCCCACCAGCCUCCCCCACCCCUACGAGGUCUUCGCCCGCAUUCGGCUCUCUCUGGACUCCAGCUGCCCCUCCACCAUCACCGAGUACUGGGCCAUCUCAUGCAUUCAGCUCUCUUUGGACUCCACACACUGUUGGCGCUGAUCGAAUUGCGGUUGUUCCACCAUCAAGAUUGAACGAUCCUGAAAGAGAGGAAGAGGCUUCAGGAGUUGCAUCUGGGGUUGACCGCGAAGAGGAAGGAGGACAGCAAGCCUCUGCAGAAGACCGGAGCGAAGAUGUGCGCGGUGAGAGGAAUGAGGAAGAUGAUGAAGUGAGAAAUUAUUUCCUCAAUCAAGAGAAUGACUAUGAAGAUAUGACAGGGCACACCACCCGCAGCCUUACAAUCCCCCGCCUUGAAGACGCUGAAUCAGAUUUCUUCAACCAUGUAGUGCCGGUGAUUGAACAAGCGUUUGAGACAUUCAUAAAUGAUUCAUUCCUGUUAAAGGAACGCAUGCUCCUCACAGCCGAGCAAACCCGGAAGUACGGCGGAGCACCUUCUUAA